CUUAUUAGCAUUCUUGUGGCUGGUGCUUUUUAAUAGUAAAACAGAAACACCGAGGCAACUCUUUUUUUUGAAGGCCAUGCGUGCCUUCUAACUUUAAAUCUUCUGAGUUGUGCACCUCCUCGCCGUCAUUGGCUGUGUCCCGAGGGUAGCGGUGAUUCAUGUUUAGGCAUCUCACGUGUCUCACACACGGCGGAAUCUUCAAAUUAAGGCUUUUGCUCUCCAGCUCAGACGGACAUCAUCAUUUGAGUCAGUGGGUGGGGGCUAACGCAGACUACAAAUAUCGGGUCCCCCCUCUAGCCGGAUACCUACUAGUGCACGUAGCGUCUCAUAUGCUCCUCGUUUUAUUUCUGUGCUUCUCGGAUAGUUUUGGAGUGGGGCCACUUAGCCGCCGGAUUAAGACAAACUUUUUUUCGUCGCCGUUAUGUUGAGGAACAACAAUGUCGUCUUCUCCUGUUUUGUUUUCUACGCCGUGCUGCUGCUACUUAAGAUGUACGUUCUGGCCUUCAUCACGGGACAAGUGAGGCUACGCAAGAAGGCUUUUGCCAACCCCGAAGAUGCAAUGAGACACGGAGGACUGCAGUAUCACAGGCUGGAUCCCGACGUGGAAAGAUGCCGCAGAGCUCACCGCAACGACAUGGAGAACAUCUUCCCCUUCCUCUUUCUGGGGGCCAUCUACUCCAUGACGGGUCCAUCCCUGGGGACGGCGCGCCUCCACUUCGUGGUGUUCACGGCGGCCCGCAUGCUGCAUAGCGUGGCUUACCUGGCGGCACUGCCGGCGCCCACCCGCUCGCUGGCCUAUGUGGCCGCGCAGGUGCCCUGCCUGUCCAUGGCGCUGCAGAUCAUGGCGGCGGUCGCCAGCUACGCGUAGACGCCGCGUGUCGGACUUUUUAAUCGGAAGUUUAGUGAAGGGGGAGGGUGACGCUUUCCCAAACUGACUCGCUCGUAGAAAGGCAAUGUGGGGUUUUGCCGUCAGUGACCCUCAGAAUUUGGGGGUGUUUUUUUG